UUUCUUGUGAGGAAGAUUUGGCGCCAUUUGCGGUCACAGACACUUCUCUCGACUUCGACCAGCAGACGUCGUCACUGAAGAGAGAAUCUCAUUUACCUUCAACUCUCCAAUCUAUAAGCCCCUAUCGGUCUUGUUUCUUGUUUCUCCCAUAUAUAUCCAGGUUCAGACUUCAGAGGUUUAGUCACUAUUCCGUCUCCACUUCGAACCAGUGCUAACACGCACUAACUAUGCGCUUUACUGCGUAAGAGCUCAUUCUCCUGCACCUUACCCUCAGAUCUGGGUCUCGAUGUUUUCAAGCUAUUAAUUAGAUUCGCCGUUGCGGGAUGCUGGACCCUUAUCAUCACUGCAUUUCUUUCUUCCAACGCUCAGAUUCAUUGAACGUUAUAAAUUAGGGUUAGGUUUUAUUGGUUAUUGGUUUAGAUGGGGAAUAAGGUCACCGACGAACUGGUAUCGACCGUGCGAUCGGUUAUAGGCAAAGAAUUUUCGGACAUGGAUAUAAUUCGUGCCCUUCACAUGGGUAACAACGACGUCACUGCCGCCAUUAACAUCAUCUUUGACACGCCUAGUUUUGGCACCAGAGACAGACCAGAUGCUCAGAGAAGUCCUGAAGUUUCUCGUCAGAAUUCAAAUCCAGAAAGUAGAAUAGUCUCAGCGAGCCCCGAGAAAAGUGGUUCUGAGAAUCAGGCUUGUUCAAUGGGUUCUGUUGUAAGCGAGACCCCUGAUUCUGUCCUUCGCGCCAAUGGUGCGCUCGAAUCUGCGGAACCUGUGAGACAAUCUUCCGGCUCGGCCAAUAGUGACUGGUGGUUCGUUGGGAGCUGCGAACUAGCUGGGCUUUCGACAUGUAAAGGAAGGAAGAUAAAGUCUGGUGAUGAAGUCACAUUUUCGUUCCCGUCAAAGAAUUCCAGUUCCCCUUCAACAACCAAGUUUCCCGGCAGAGGACGAGCCGCAGCGGCUUGUUCGGAAAUAGUCAGGUUCUCUACAAAAGAUUCUGGAGAGAUUGGUCGCAUUCCAAAUGAGUGGGCUCGUUGUCUAAUUCCACUUGUGAAGGAGAAAAAAAUUAAGAUUGAGGGGCAUUGUAAAUCUGCUCCAGAUGUGAUUGGGAUUAUGGACACCAUUAUAUUGUCAAUCAGCGUGUAUAUAAAUAGUUCCAUGUUUCGAAAGCGCCACCAGACUUCACUCAAGGUUGCCCGCAAUCUCAGUGAGGAAUCAGUUGUUCACCCUCUCCCUACUCUGUUCAGGUUGCUUGGAUUGACCCCAUUUAAGAAGGCAGAAUUCACUCCUGAAGAUCUUUACAUGAGGAAACGACCUUCGGAUUUGAAGGACAGUUCUGGAGUUCAUGCUUCAUCCCUUAAUGUUGAUAGAUCUAAGAAGCUGCCUCUUCAAGGAAGCUCAGCUGAAAAUAAUCAAGAGUGCAUUUCAGAUUCUGAUUUGGAUAAUAUCAUCAGUGGUGGAGACAGCUCUGAACUAGAGGAAAGAGAACCCCCUCCUACCUUGCAGUGUGAAUUACGACCUUACCAAAAACAGGCUCUUCAUUGGAUGAUUCAGCUGGAGAAGGGAGGAUGUUUGGAGGAGGCGGCAACAACCCUCCACCCGUGUUGGGAUGCAUAUCGCCUCACAGACAGGCGGGAGUUUGUUGUCUAUCUGAAUGCAUUUUCUGGUGAUGCUACAACUGAAUUUCCUAGCACCCUCCAUAUGGCAAGAGGAGGAAUCCUGGCAGAUGCAAUGGGGCUUGGGAAAACCAUUAUGACAAUAGCUCUUCUGCUUGCUGAUUUGGAUAGGCGUGGUUCAUUGUCUAGUCGGUUAACAAGUCAUGCUUCUGAUGGAAAUCUUGAAGUUCAUGGCAUCUUGGAUGAAUCUCCAGAUCCUCCAAGGAAGAUAACCAAACUUUCUGGUUUUGAUAAGCUGAUGAGAAAUAGGACCUCACUUAUUGGUGGUGGCAAUCUUAUUGUUUGCCCCAUGACUCUGCUAGGCCAGUGGAAGGCAGAGAUUGAAACUCAUGCACAACCUGGAUUAUUGGCACUUUAUGUUCAUUAUGGGCAAAGUAGACCAAAAGAUGCAAAACUUCUAGCUAAGAAUGAUGUUGUCCUCACUACAUAUGGCGUGCUAGCAUCGGAAUUCUCAAGUGAGAAUGCAAAAAGCAAUGACGGGCUUUUUUCGGUCCGGUGGUUCAGAGUUAUUCUUGAUGAGGCACAUACCAUUAAAUCUUUGAGAAGCCAAAUAUCCAUGGCUGCAGCUGCACUAACUGCCGAUCGUCGGUGGUGUCUUACCGGUACACCUAUUCAGAACAACUUGGAGGACAUUUAUAGUCUUCUUCGAUUUUUGAAGGUGGAACCUUGGGGCAACUGGGCCUGGUGGAAUAAACUUGUCCAAAAGCCUUUUGAAGAAGGUGAUGAGCGGGGAUUGAAGUUGGUUCAGUCUAUCUUAAGAUCGAUGAUGUUGAGAAGAACAAAGUUUAGCACAGACAGAGAGGGCAGGCCAAUUUUAGUUCUCCCUCCAGCCGAUAUUCAGGUGAUUUAUUGUGAACUCACAGAAGCUGAGAAGGAUUUCUAUGAGGCCCUCUUUAAAAGAUCCAAGGUCAAGUUUGACCAAUUUGUUGAGCAAGGAAGGGUUCUUCAUAAUUAUGCUUCCAUUUUGGAGUUGCUUUUACGUCUUCGCCAAUGUUGUGACCAUCCCUUUCUUGUGAUGAGUCGUGGUGAUACACAAGAGUUCUCAGACCUGAAUAAGCUUGCAAAACGUUUUCUUAAAGGUGAUAAGCAUGCCACAGAAGGGGAAUCCAAUGAUGUACCUUCUAGGGCCUAUAUUCAGGAGGUUGUGGAAGAACUACGUAGAGGAGAAAAGGGAGAGUGCCCAAUUUGUCUUGAAUCUUUUGAGGAUGCAGUAUUGACUCCUUGUGCUCACCGCCUAUGCCGAGAAUGUCUCUUGGCCAGUUGGCGGAACCAUGCUUCUGGUCUUUGUCCUGUUUGUAGGAAAACUAUCAAUAGGCAAGAUCUUAUUACUGCCCCAACUGAUAAUCGAUUUCAGAUUGAUAUUGAAAAGAACUGGGUGGAAUCAUCCAAAGUUGCAGUUCUUUUGCAGGAAUUAGAACAUCUUCGCUCUUCUGGCUCCAAAAGCAUUGUUUUUAGUCAGUGGACUGCCUUUCUGGAUCUUCUCCAGAUUCCUCUUUCUAGGUGUAACUUUCCAUUUGCUCGUCUGGAUGGAACUCUAAAUCAGCAGCAGAGAGAGAAAGUAAUAAAGCAGUUUUCAGAGGAAAGUGAUAUCUUGGUGUUGUUAAUGUCAUUGAAGGCUGGUGGAGUUGGAAUAAACUUAACAGCAGCAAGCAAUGCCUUUGUUUUGGAUCCAUGGUGGAAUCCGGCUGUUGAAGAACAAGCUGUCAUGCGUAUUCAUCGAAUUGGUCAAACCAAAAAAGUUACAAUCAAGCGUUUUAUCAUGAAGGGAACAGUAGAGGAAAGAAUGGAGGCAGUGCAGGCACGAAAGCAACGGAUGAUCGCUGGGGCCUUAACCGAUCAAGAAGUUCGUACUGCAAGGAUAGAGGAACUGAAGAUGCUCUUUACAUAGACUAGCUGAGACAGUUGUUUGCUGGGUAUGACUUGAAAUGGGAGGCAAAUAACAAGAAAUCACUUACUUGUAAGCAAACUGAUGGAAAGCCAAUUCUGAAGUAGAAAACCAUCUCUUGGGUCCAAGUGUCCAACAAACUCAAGAUGCAAGGCAGAAAGACACCACAUGACACUGUGACAGGAAGUUGAAUUGAGUGGCAUGAGGUCUUCUUUCUAAGCCAACAAAGUAUUCAGUACUAUAUAUCGUUCAAGGAGGAUAGAGAAUGUAUAUUGUUCUUCACAUUUACCUAGUAGACUGGCAUUAGUUUUGUGGCUUUUGCCUGCAUCAUUGUAUGCUUGCUUCCCGUAACCAGGGAAUGUUCAAUGCCGAGUGUAACUCAGAGUAAAUUAUGUACAUUUAUUUUCCCCAAAAAGAGGGCUAUUUCCAAACCCUGUAGCCAAAUGAUAAGAGUAUGUGCUAAAGCAUUUUUUAUGUAUAGAUGAUUUCUUUUGAUGACCAAAAAAAGUUUA